AUGCGAGGAAAACUACAAAAGAGACACUCGUGGACGGACGAAGAGCUGAACAUUCUCUCGUACCUCCGACACACUCGCCACUGGCGCUUCAAACAAAUCCAAACGUCAUACUUCCCAUCACUCUCUCCGAGCGCACUCUUGGGAGCCUACUGGCGCCUGUCCACUGAAGACCGCAUACGCCGAGCAUCGAGGACAACCAUCCCAAUCACCGCUCCUCGCAACACGGUGAAGGAUUUUCCAGGUGCCCCCAAAGCUCAACCUGGGUGUUCCAGUAUCGAGCAGGGGACAAGUCGCUCUAGUUGCCCCGCCUCUGGCACUCUCACUCGGUCAGAAAACAAUAUUGGGACUUUGGCCUUGAGCCCACCAAGUCUUGCGGGUGGAUGUGAGCCAUUUAUUUCCAAUAACAGCGACUCGAGUCGUUACGAACUUCGGCCAAACAGACCCUCAACCUUCCCUCCAAGGAAUUCGCAAUAUCUAGUUGACCGACGCCGUUUCCCACACUUCUUUAGAUCGUAUAAGUACUCUCUCGAUCUACAAGGGCUCUCAGACAGCGACUAUAUUCCUCCAUCUCGGAUGCCUACGCCAAGUUCAUCAGAUCGAAGCGUUACCAUCGCCUCAAGUCUUCCCAGUGCCGCGUCAAGCCUUGAACUCUUCGGUUUGGAGGUGCGCUCUCUUCAGUCAUCAGAUCGUGAAUCGGCUACCUCUGAUCGGCCCAACGACGUAUCUAGCCCUGAUUUCUUCAGCUCUGAGGAGCAUCCAUUACCAACAUGA